CAGACGUGAUCAUUCAUCGACACCUCUGGCAGGGUUAGGGUAGGAAAAGUUUUCACAAGUUGGAAAGUUGCUGGCGCAGGGUCCGAGCUGCUCCGGGGCAGGAUGGACGCACUGAAGUCUGCGGGAAGGGCGAUCAUCAGGAGUCCCAGUAUAGCAAAGCAGUCCUGGGGAGGCGGCAAGCACAAGAAGCUUCCAGAAAAUUGGACCGAUACCAGGGAAACGCUGUUGGAGGGAAUGUUGUUUCAUGUGAAGUAUUUGGGCAUGACCUUGGUAGAACAACCAAAAGGGGAAGAACUAUCUGCAGCUGCGGUGAAAAGGAUUGUAGCAACAGCCAAAGCAAGUGGAAAGAAGCUGCAGAAGGUUCUUUUAAAAGUAACUCCCAGAGGAAUAAUCCUUCAUGACAGUAUUACUAACCAGCUGAUUGAAAAUGUGUCCAUCUACAGGAUAUCAUAUUGCACAGCUGAUAAAUUGCACGAUAAAGUUUUUGCCUACAUUGCUCAAAGUCAGCACAAUGAAACCUUGGAAUGCCACGCGUUUCUCUGUUCAAAGCGGAAAAUGGCACAUGCGGUUACGUUAACAGUAGCUCAAGCUUUUAAAGUGGCUUUUGAGUUCUGGCAAGUAUCCCGAGAUAGUAAAGAGAAGAGAGAGAAGCCAGGCUCUGAUGGAGAGGGGGCAAGUAGUUCUCAGUCUGAUGGCUCCUCAAGUCUUGCUAGCCUUAAAGGAGCUACAGGUAAUCUCUUAGAAUUAGAUGAUGCUACCAAAGCCAUGGAUGGGUUCAAUACAAGUGACAAUCAUUUUGAUGGUAUAUUUCAACAAGGUGCUCCCAAUGAGAACAACAACAUAGUAUGGGAACUUGACGAUGGCUUGGACGAGGCUUUUUCAAGACUUGCAGAGUCCAGAACCAACCCUCAGGUUCUUGAUAUUGGAGUGACUGCAAGUGAUCUUCAGACUGAAGAAUGCUCCUCUCCUUUCAACUGGGACAGGAUGGAGUUGAAUCCUGCAGAUGGAGAUGAACUAUUUAUGUUCUGACACUGAUAAAACACUGCCAAUUAUCAAUGCAAUAGUCCCAACAAGAAUUCUUCACAUGGGACCAUAAACCAAAGCUUUAUCUCUCCAGAUUUGUUUUCUACCCCAUGAUGGUGGGAGUGGAGGGUAGGGUUGGUCAUUACUUACUCAUUCUGGAGCAAAAUCAGACUACCAUAUUUGUCCAAAGGGCCGCAGCAAAGUCUUUGCAAUAAAGAACUUUCUUUCAGAGGUUGUUGCUUCUGGAAAAAAAAUCUGUUACACAAUUUUGUAACUGGACAUGUGCAUUUUUUUUAUGCUGUACAUUGGGAAUGCAACAGAUGACACACCAGAUUAGUUGCCAAGCCUACUAUUCUGCAACCUUGGUUUUUUUUCUACACUUUGGACAAGAUACAGUUACACGUGUAUCUUCUACAUUUUUCCUUUUUAUUUUGUAGUGUACACAAGCUGGAUUUUUUUUUUCCCCUGUUCUCCCAUCCCCUUAAGUAAAACCCUCCUGGCUUGAUGUGAAAAUAGUCAUGUUGCACACCACUGCACAAGCUUACCCAAUUUGUUUGUCUCUUCCUACAGUAUUCCAACAGCACAGUACAUUUCAUCUGCUUUACACAAAUGAUCGCACUUCAUUGAGCACUGCACUUAUUUCUUUCUUCUAUUUAAACAAAAACUUAUAUGCUUUAAUUUACAAUUUUGGUGACAAUGGUAGAAUAUUAGGUAAUGCAUUAUCAAUAUAUUCAAGACGCAUGGUUUAUAUUGCAGUCUAUAUUGCUUAAACUUGAACUUUGUCCAGAUGUCUCUUAUCCUUCUGUUGGCUUCCACCUAACUUAUGCACUUCAUACACUGUAUAUGUUUACAUGUCGACUGGAUGUUACCUAUAUUACUGAUCUAGAUCUCUUUGUUUGGGUGUUGGAUUGAUUUGAUGACCUAACCGGUUUGUCCACACUAAUGUAACAAAACUAGUCUGUUACCGCUACUAAAAUCUGUUCUUUCAAAACUGUAAACAAUACACGGCAAUUUAAAGCUGUAAUAAUUUUAUUCUCUUGCUAAAAAUGAAUGCAGUACGUGUCCAUUAAAGUUUAUGAUGGUUGAUUAUUUGAUGUAGAAACACUUUAUGGCUAUGAUCAGUAUAGUUAUGAAACAUAUCAGUAUUUUAAAAGUAUGCUUUGUAAUGUAGCUACUUUAUUUGUAACUUAAGACCUGUAACAUGCAUCUGUCAAUUUUGAUGGCAUAGUCUGAUUUAAAGGGUUAAGGGGUAAGUGUAAUAUUCUGCAAGGAGACUGCAUCGGUAAGUGCCCGUUGGUUCAAAAAGGUAAUUGUUUAAAAGGUGCCAUUUGGACAACUUCUCCCCUAAAACAUUGGACUGACUCGGCAGGAACUCGUAGAUACCUGCAUCUCAUUACAUUUACCGACCCCCUCCAUGUUUGUCAACAUUUAAGUGGGACUGGCUUUCUAUUCUAUUCACAAACUAUCCUCCCAGUAAAGGUAAUUUGGUGUCCCUAUCAUAAAACCCCUCCUAUUUACUGUAGUUAGCAUUGUGUCUGCGAUUACCUUUUUGGUGCUGCACUGGUCCUAUCACAAGAGUUCCAAUACAGAGCUUUGAAUGAUUAACAUUAGCACUGCUGUCUGGUCUGUUACUAAUACACCACUGCUGGGUUAGGAGACUUUAUAUAACCCUUGUAUAGUUAAACACCCCUUCAUAGCCCUGUUCCCCAGUAGCUGGUAGGAUGGGCACCUCUUGUAAGCAUAAAUGAUGUAACCAAAAUAAAUUUCUACAUCGGAAAAUGCUGUAUUUGACAUAUAUAUAUAUAUAUAUAUAUAUAUAUAUAUAUAUAUAUAUAUAUAUAUAUAUAUAUAUAUAUAUAUAUAUAAUAUAUUAAAUAAACAUGCGUGUCAUACAUGCAAACCAUGUACUCUACUUACUUGGCCACAUAUAUUGUGAGAUCAGGCAUUCAGACCUUCUGUCAAGCAGCCAGUAAAGUUGAAAGGCUAUGCUCUCAGAGGGAUGCAGUGGCUGUUGCCUUCUGACCCAAGACUGAGUAAUAAGCCUCUGAAAAUGUUGGCAAUUUCACCCAGUUGCUGAUCUCACAGUAUGCAUAAGCGCCUUUUAAUCAAUGCAGUUUGGGAAGCAAAUUAUGUUUUGGUUAAAAAUGCAUAAAAUCCUAACUUCUGGAUUGAGUAGAUAAGUAACUUAAUUCUAUAUGGUAAUUUGUUUAUAAAAUGUUUAACUGUUAAGACCCUAGUCCUAUUUAAUGCCCUCACUACGAUUGGUUAUGGCAUCUCAGUCCAUCAAUGUUCAUGAAGUGUUUUUGGUAGUUGCCAGUUCUAGAGCUGCUUAAUAGGAAGCUUUUCCAGAUCUAGUGCUAAAAUGAAUUUUUGCAGACUACACUUUUUCUGUCUCCAGUGCUGCAUUUGCCUUUAAAGAGCUACUGUUCAUUUGACCUUCUCGUGCUAAAAUGAUGGGCAAUCGUGUCUGGUUUUAGCAAGAAGCUUAAUUAUUCAAUUUUUUGACAUUUCAGGGGCGAUGAGCAGGUAAGGUCAUAUGGAGGGAAGGUUUUUUUGGUUCCUCCAACCCCCCCCCCCAGCUAGCUUAACCCAACGGCUCCCUGCUCGACUAAAAGUUGUAAUACCAGUUUAUGCUGCCAAACACCCAUUUGUAAAACUAAAAUUUCACCUGUUUUCCCUGUCACUUGAAAUGUUUUGUACACCUCCUUUGACAUUUAUUUAUUGUAGAAAGGAGUAGAAUUAUUUUUGUUUAGAUAUUACUUAAAAUUGUAUUGCCUACUCUAAUGUACAUGGGGAAAAUAUUUUAGCAGCGAUAUAAUAUAUAUUUUUCUUUUAUACUGUUGUAUGGUAAUAUUGGCAAACGUUUGAAAACCAAAAUAAAAAUCUUGGUUUGAAAUGCU